AUGGACGCGCGCGGGGGCGGCGGGCGGCCCGGGGAGAGCCCGGGCGCGACCCCCGCGCCGGGGCCGCCGCCGCCGCCCGCGCCCCCUCAGCCGCAGCCGCCGCCGCCGCCGCCUCCCGCGCCGCCCCCGGGCCCCGGGCCCGCGCCCCCCCAGCAGCCGCCCCGCGCCGAGCCGGCGCCCCCGGAGGCGGCGGACGAGGGCGGCCCGCGGGCCCGGCUCCGCAGCCGCGACAGCUCGUGCGGCCGGCCCGGCACCCCGGGCGCGGCCAGCACGGCCAAGGGCAGCCCGAACGGCGAGUGCGGGCGCGGCGAGCCGCAGUGCAGCCCCGCGGGGCCCGAGGGCCCGGCGCGGGGCCCCAAGGUGUCGUUCUCGUGCCGCGGGGGCGGGCGCGGGCCGGGGCCGGCGGACGAGGCGGGCAGCGAGGAGGCGGGCCCGGCGGGGGGGCCGUGCGGCAGCCAGGCCAGCUUCAUGCAGCGGCAGUUCGGCGCGCUCCUGCAGCCCGGCGUCAACAAGUUCUCGCUGCGGAUGUUCGGCAGCCAGAAGGCCGUGGAGCGCGAGCAGGAGCGCGUGAAGUCGGCGGGGGCCUGGAUCAUCCACCCGUACAGCGACUUCAGGUUCUACUGGGACUUCACCAUGCUCCUCUUCAUGGUGGGCAACCUCAUCAUAAUCCCAGUGGGCAUCACCUUCUUCAAGGAUGAGACCACGGCGCCGUGGAUCGUGUUCAACGUGGUCUCGGACACGUUCUUCCUCAUGGAUCUGGUGCUGAACUUCCGCACGGGCAUCGUGAUCGAGGACAACACGGAGAUCAUCCUGGACCCUGAGAAGAUCAAGAGGAAGUACCUGCGCACGUGGUUCGUCGUGGACUUCGUGUCCUCCAUCCCCGUGGACUACAUCUUCCUCAUCGUGGAGAAGGGCAUCGACUCCGAGGUCUACAAGACGGCGCGCGCCCUGCGCAUCGUGCGCUUCACCAAGAUCCUCAGCCUGCUGCGCCUCCUGCGCCUGUCGCGCCUCAUCCGCUACAUCCACCAGUGGGAGGAGAUCUUCCACAUGACCUACGACCUGGCGAGCGCAGUGAUGCGCAUCUGCAACCUUAUCAGCAUGAUGUUGCUGCUGUGCCACUGGGACGGCUGCCUGCAGUUCCUGGUGCCCAUGCUGCAGGACUUCCCGCGCAACUGCUGGGUGUCCAUCAACGGCAUGGUGAACCACUCGUGGAGCGAGCUCUACUCCUUCGCGCUCUUCAAGGCGAUGAGCCACAUGCUCUGCAUCGGGUACGGGCGCCAGGCGCCCGAGAGCAUGACGGACAUCUGGCUGACGAUGCUCAGCAUGAUCGUGGGCGCCACCUGCUACGCCAUGUUCAUCGGCCACGCCACCGCCCUUAUCCAGUCGCUGGACUCCUCGCGGCGCCAGUACCAGGAGAAGUACAAACAAGUGGAGCAGUACAUGUCCUUCCACAAGCUGCCCGCCGACUUCCGCCAGAAGAUCCACGACUACUACGAGCACCGCUACCAGGGCAAGAUGUUCGAUGAGGAGAACAUCCUGGGCGAGCUGAGCGGGCCCCUGCGGGAGGAGAUCGUCAACUUCAACUGCCGGAAGCUGGUGGCCUCGAUGCCGCUGUUUGCCAACGCCGACCCCAACUUCGUCACGGCCAUGCUGACCAAGCUUAAAUUCGAGGUCUUCCAGCCGGGCGACUACAUCAUCCGCGAGGGCACCGUGGGGAAGAAGAUGUACUUCAUCCAGCACGGCGUGGUCAGCGUGCUCACCAAGGGCAACAAGGAGAUGAAGCUGUCCGACGGCUCCUACUUCGGGGAGAUCUGCCUGCUGACGCGGGGCCGGCGCACGGCCAGCGUGCGGGCUGACACCUACUGCCGCCUGUACUCGCUGAGCGUGGACCACUUCAACGAGGUCCUGGAGGAGUACCCCAUGAUGCGGCGGGCCUUCGAGACCGUGGCCAUCGACCGCCUGGACCGCAUCGGCAAGAAGAACUCGCUGCUGCUGCACAAGGUGCAGCACGACCUGAGCUCGGGCGUGUUCAACAACCAGGAGAACGCCAUCAUCCAGGAGAUCGUCAAGUACGACCGCCAGAUGGCGCAGCAGGCGGAGCUGGGCCCGCGCGGCCUCCUCGCGCCGCCGCCGCCGCCGCCGGCCACCUCGGCCAUCGCCACGCUGCAGCAGGCCGUGGCCAUGAGCUUCUGCCCGCAGGCGGCGCGCCCGCUCGUGGGCCCGCUGGCGCUCGGCUCGCCGCGCCUGGCGCGCCGCCCGGGGCCCGCGCCCGCCGCCAGCCCCCCGGGCGCGCCCGCCAGCCCCCGGGCGCCGCGGACCUCGCCCUACGGCGCGCCCGGCUCGCCCGCCGCGCCCCGCGCCGGGCCCGCGCUGCCCGCGCGCCGCCUGAGCCGCGCGUCGCGCCCGCUGUCCGCCUCGCAGCCCUCGCUGCCCCACGGCGCGCCCGGGCCCGGGCCCGCGGCCUCGGCGCGCCCGGCCAGCAGCUCCACGCCGCGCCUGGGGCCCGCGCCCGCGCCCGCCGCCCGGGCCGCCGCGCCCAGCCCGGACCGCAGGGACUCGGCCUCGCCCGGCGCCCUCGAGCCGCCGGACUCCGCGCGCUCGCGCCUCUCGUCCAACUUGUGACCCUCGCGCGCCGCCCCGCGGGCCCGGGGCCGGGGCGGGCCCUCACCCAGACCAAAGCCAUGCCCUUCCGCCGCCCGCCGCCCGCCGCCGAAGCCAUAGAGGAGACGUAGGUAGUUGUAGCCGGACGGGCGGCCGGGCCGGCGGGGCGGCCCCCGCUCCCGCGCCCCCAUCGCCCCGCGCCCACCCACAUCGCCCCCGCCCCGGCGGCGGCUCCCUUCACCUCGGUGCCUCAGUCCCCCCAACUGUGAAUGGGCGGCCCGGGGCAGGGGCGGCGGCCGUGGUGACCCCGCCCCGCCCCGCCCCGCAGGGGACCGCCGUCCGUCCGAGGAGGAUUCCGAUUUUUAAGUGCAAUACUCGGCCCGCCGGCUCCCCGCCGCCCCCACCGCGCUCACGCAAUAACCGGCCGGCCCCGUCCCCGCGCGCACGCCGCGACCUCCCGGAGAGGGACGGCGGCCCCUCCGGGCCGGGCCCGGGGUCCGGCCGCGCCUGGGCGUGGGGCGGUGCCGGGGCCCCCGCCGUCGUGAUGAAUGUACUGACAGCCGAGGCCGCAGCGCCCCCUGCGCCCCCACGCCCACUAACCCCCACGCCCACAUUCCGCGCAAUAAACGACCGCAUUGGC